GACUUUAGGAAAUAAAUGAGGGAGUCACAAAACCGUUUUUAACAAUUUAACAAUUGAUUUGAGUAAGUCAAGUAAGUAACAUGCUUCUUCCUUCUUAGUCCAUAUGCUCCCACCAAGUCCCAAACUUUCCCCAUUGACAAUUGCUGUAAAUUCCAAAAUCUACUUUUAUGUCCACUUUCUUGUUUCAUCACAAAUCUCAGCUCAAAACACCAAAAAAGAAACAUAAUCAGCAACAACAAUAGCUAUGAAAAUGGCUAUUUCAAACCCAUACAAAGAUCAAUUCCACUCCCUUACUAAAAAGCUUUUCCCUUGGACUCUUUAUGCUCUUCUUCCCAUUGCUCUUCUUAGUUUAUACCUCUACCCUCUUCCUUUUCUUCCAUCUACAGAAUCUGAACUUCCUCAUUCAACUUCUAAUAUCAUCAUUUCCCACUCUACACCUCCUGCUUUUACUUCUACACCUCCUUCUUCAGAAAAGGAAAAUACUUUUGACACCCCCUCAUGUGAUUACUUUAAUGGAAAAUGGAUCCGUGAUAGAAGAGGUCCUUUAUACAAUGGAACAACAUGUGGAACAAUUAAAGAAGGACAAAAUUGCAUCAAACAUGGAAGACCAGAUUCUGGUUAUCUUUAUUGGAGAUGGAAACCAAGUGAAUGUAAGCUUCCAAGGUUUGAACCUAAAACUUUUCUUCAACUUGUUGAAAAUAAACAUAUAGCUUUUGUUGGAGAUUCUAUGGCUAGGAACCAAUUAGAGUCACUUCUUUGUAUGUUAUCAACUUUUUCAAAUCCUAAUCUUGUUUACACAAGUGGUGAUGACAAUAAAUUUAGAAGGUGGCAUUUUGAUUCUCAUAAUGCAACUGUUUCUGUGUAUUGGUCACCUUUUCUUGUUCAAGGUGUUGAGAAAUCAAAUGAAGGACCAAAUCAUAAUAAGUUGUAUUUGGAUCUUGUUGAUGAGAGAUGGGCUAAGGAUAUGGAUGAAAUGGAUUAUGUCGUGCUUUCGAUUGGUCAUUGGUUUUUGCAUCCUGCAGUUUAUUUUGAAGGUGAUUUAGUUUUAGGUUGUCAUUAUUGUGUUGGUCUUAAUCAUACUGAAAUUGGGUUUUAUGAAGUUUUAAGAAAGGCUUUAAGGACUACCCUUAAUAGUAUAAUUGAUAGGAGAGGAAAUAAAGGUAGUAAAAUUGAUGUAAUUGUUACAACAUUUUCACCAGCUCAUUUUGAAGGUGAAUGGGAUAAAGCUGGUGCUUGUCCUAAGACUAAGCCUUAUAGAGAUAGAGAGAAGGAACUUGAAGGAAUGGAUAGUGAGAUGAGAAAGAUUGAGAUUGAAGAAGUUGAAGAUGCUAAAGUUAAAGGUAGUGAAUUUGGAGGGGUUAGAUUUGAGGCACUUGAUGUAACUAAAUUGGCAUUGUUAAGACCAGAUGGUCAUCCAGGUCCUUAUAUGUAUCCUUUUCCAUUUGCUAAUGGUGUUCAAGAACGCGUGCAGAAUGAUUGUGUUCAUUGGUGUUUGCCUGGACCUGUUGAUACAUGGAAUGAGAUUUUUCUUGAGAUUAUGAAGAAAUGGGAGGACCAUCCAAGAACUCAAGAGUGAACUGUGAGGUAUUUGUCUUUAUACCAUCUUUUGUUUGUUGAUUUGUUAUACCCUACGAAGCACAGAUUAAGUGUGUUCCGGUGUCGGACACCGACACAACACUGUCACGACACUGUCACUUAUGAUUACAUUGAAUUAUGUUAUUUUUUCAAAUUAUUAUCGGCGUUGACGUGUCAAUGUCCGUAUCGUGGCCAAUGUCUGUGUCCAUGCUUCAUAGGUUAUACCUUUAUAUCUUAUGGAUAUUGCAUUGAAAUAGGUCAAAUUAUGUUUUUGGUAGAAUGUAGAAGUAUUUAUUUUUGUUCUUUAAGAUCUUAUCGGGAAAACUCACACACAUUAAGUGUAGAGUAAUAGGGGGAACUGCAGGUUCGAACACGCACCCAUUAUAUCCAAUGUCAAUGUAGUUUUUACCAUUUGAGUUGUACUUACUGGACAAUAAAAGUAUUUUUAAUUGAGGAAUAAAUAGUUAAUAAUAUUGUGUAUUCUUCU